CGGCGUGCUCUGCGGCGCGCAUCCUCCCGCGGCUUUUGAAUCGCGCUCCGGGCCGUCUUGGGGUUGUGACGGCGCUAUCAUGGGGGCUGCGGUGCUGCCCCCGACGUGGCAGUUGUACCUCAAGGACCACCGCAUCUCCACUUUCAAGAACUGGCCUUUUCUGGAGGACUGCUCCUGCACCCCAGAGCGGAUGGCGGAGGCUGGCUUCAUCCACUGCCCUACCGAGAAUGAGCCCGACUUGGCGCAGUGCUUUUUCUGCUUUAAGGAAUUGGAAGGCUGGGAACCCGAUGACGACCCUGUAGAGGAGCACAGAAAGCACUCGCCUGGCUGUGCCUUCCUUACUGUCAAGAAGCAGAUGGAGGAACUAACCGUCAGUGAAUUUCUGAAACUGGACAAACAGAGGGCCAAGAACAAAAUUGCAAAGGAGACCAACAACAAGCAAAAAGAAUUUGAAGAGACUGCAAAGACUGUCCGUCAGUCAAUUGAGCAACUGGCUGCCUUGCGCUGAGCCUUUGCUGGGACAACCUGGACCUGAGUGACAUCUAAGCCACGUGUCCCAGCUAUCCCAGCCGGGGCCUCCUGGCAGUGUCUUAGAGAAGGAGACGAUGGUAUUUUGAGACUGGAUAUCAAAUAUUUUUGGUUUUGCUUUAAAGUGGCUCAGCCUAUGUGGCUACCUCUCUUUGGUUUUGUGGCUUUGCUCUAUUGUGACCUAGACUUAAGCAAUGAGGAAGUAAGUGGAUGAGGGGACAGUGUUCUCUGACAGGACCUAUGGGGGUUGUGGCUGCCUGUGCAAAAUCUUCUGGUUUUGAUGUCUCCAUACCUGGCAUUUGAUGCAUGCCAUGCGUAGGUAUGGUUAUGUGUGUUUCCGCUGAUGAGUCUUCCUACCAUGGGGUAAUAGAAUAAAAUCACUUGAAACAGUGGGCUGUAAGCUCUUUCUAUCUUGAA